AUGCCUCAACAGUAUCGAGUUAUUUUUGCCCUUAGUAUUUUAUUGUUGGUGGUAGCCUUUGGGGGGUUUUCAAAGGCUGUUCUUACAGAUGAAGAAUUUCAGAAAUAUAUUACGAAUUCAUGCCCAUCAAAACCGUUGGAUUGGAAUUUAUGGCAAGAGGAGGAAAAUGAGCUUACCGAAAUCAUUUCUGGAGGGCACGUGGACAAGCUACCGUUAAUUUACUCCAACGGCCUUAACAACUUAUUUGUUGAGGAUGAUGUCUGGCCACGAGAUGAUUCAGCAGCCGCCUCAUCACCGAACCCGUUGUCCCCCUUUUCCUCAACGAACACAACUUCGCCUAUUUAUGAUAUACCUAAUUUCGAAACUCUUCUUUCCGCUAUUAACACUACAAAAAACAUCACCGAGAUACAACCUAACAACUCCUCAACCACGUCAUCGAAUUCAACAAUAUCAUCAUCUAAUAGCUCUAACAGCAGUAUCACAACAGCAAGCAACACCACCGAAAUUUCCACACCAUUGAUCCACCAGCCCAACAUUUCACACCCUCAGCCUAAUGUAAUCAACAACAGCUCAAUCUUGUCCAAGACAAACGAAAGCAUAAGCACUCCACUUAAUGGAACUGGCACUGCCAAUACUUCCCACACAUCUCCCACAUCAUCACAGGAUCAACUGAAAAUCCAAAACGAAGGAUUAAAUUUUACUCAGAUCCUCUCUCCACACUCUCCUAAUACCUCAACAAAUUCAUCAUUUCCAUACUCGGGAUCCAUUGAUCAACCAAAGGAAAAUUCACAGCUUGGUGAGCAGAAAAACUCCACACAUCUUCAACCGCUCGUCCCUGCAUCCACACAAACACAACAGACAGGCAUCAAUGGCCAGGAAAAGCUUCCCCAAGGGCCUAUUACUAACCCUCCAAACUCCACAUUAAGGGCAACAAACAACGAAAACAGUUUGUCAGCAGGAGAAAACCAUGUAAACCGUACAUUUCCUCCUAUGGGCGAUUUGUUUUCGGCAAAACAACCGUCAACAAAUGCAUCCUCCUCAACAAAUACUUCAGCUGCACUUCAACACCAAACACAAACGGACAAGAUUAGUGAGGUUAACUCAACCCCUGAAAAACCACAGUCUGAAGCCUCAACCACAUCAGGAAGAAAAGCAAAGAUCAAUACAGCACCGCAGUCCAGUGACAUUGGUAAUAUCAUACACUCAACUCAACAGAAAACGACAACGGGAUCAAAUCUCGCUUCUGCUCCAUCUGCUACAACACAGAAUGCACCCGUUCAAAUAACUAAGAUAACAGGAACAUCUCAACCUGCAAGUUCGUCUUCAGCAGGCAAUCCUUCAAAGUCAACAUCUUCACCGCCAAAUGUUGUUGGCUCUUCAUCUUCUAACACAACUGAAACCCCAAGUACAUCUCAUAACAACAAGCCUGGUUUGACAAGCACUACAACUGCCUUAAAGCCUUCUUCACAAGAGCAGCUUUCAAAGAAUAUUGAACUGGCUUUGAAGCAACUUGAAAAAGACAUUGAGGAGAAAAUUCCAAGUAAUCCAAAACCUGAUUUCAAAAAAAGCCUUCAAACUUUGAUGAACGAUAUCAAAGGAGAUGAACCAAAGUCUUUACAACAAUCAGACUCUGUAAGAUGUCGCUCAGUUUGUCCAAAACGAUACGAAAAACGAGUGUGUAAGAUUCCCCUUCAUCAGAGAGAUUCUUCAGUGGCCCUUGAAGGCAAUGUGUUUAAUUUGGGUGUACAAGGCCCUCCAAAAGUGGAUGUUGGACUUGUUGUGGGACUUUCUGUUGCUGGAGUUAUCGUGCUUAUUCUUUGCUGUUGUGGAACAACUAUUACUUGCAUUGUUUGUUAUGCCAAACGAAAGAGGACUAACUUUUUCACCAUUUACCAAGCCAAGAACGUUCAAAGUUUACUGGAAGGGCAUUUACCAGAAAGACAAGAUGUGGUCAUUGAUAACGAAGACGAUAAUGAUGAGCCAUUAGAGUAUCAGAAAACUUCUUCAGAUGAAUCCUCAAAUGAAGAAGAUUAUGUUGGCACUUCUGCGUUGGACGAAACAGAAUUUGUGUAUUGA